AAAAUGUCAAAUUGUAGCCCCAAACUGCUUUCCCAUUUCUAGUCAUUCAACGUAUCGUCCCCGAACAGUGAGGUCGAUUUUAAAAUUAAGUCUGAUAUUUUUUGAAAAUUACAAUAUUUUGUGUCGGUCAGUUCUAAUCUCUCUAAUGGGGAGAGACAAAUCGCUUUUAGACAAGCUCCGCAAAAAGCGGAAGAACAGGCGCCGUUUGAUAUAUAAUCCUUUUAAAAGUGCUGGUAUCGUAUUGAAGAAACCAUGGGCAAGACCAUAUAAAAGAUUCUUGAAGAACCAAAAAAGACGACAAGCUUCGUCAGAACUUCAGGAAAAGUGGAACGAAAAUGAAUUUAAUCCUUCAACGUGUGCCACGUCCGAUUUGAUGGCUGCAGAAUUGUACAGAGGAUCGAGCUGCUGGCCAGACACUGGUGUUACACCCAACGAGAUGCCCAAACGUUAAUAUUUCAAUCGUUACAAUAAGUGGCACAAAUAGGCGGUGUCCCGCAUGACACGUUAUACCUUAUACACGUUAUACGUUAUAUACGUUUAUGUUAAACACAAUAAAUUCUAAGUAUUUUAAAAUUUA